GUAUUUAUAGCUUAUGAAACAAAGAAUGGGAUGAGUAAAUGUACAUUAGAGGACACCCUCCUGCGGCGCGUGCGCAUCUAUUUUCGUUUAGGAUAAUAUGGUCCUGACACGCGCAGCAGUCAAACCAACAAUUCUGAUCGCGUGGUCGUUCGAUUUUUAAAAUUAAAUUGUAUUGAGAGCAAUUGUGUUAUUAGGACAGAGGGUUUAAUGAACUGUGUGCGUGCGAAAAUUGUCUAAAAAUAUUUUUGACGCACGAGUGUAAACUCAAUUUCCUGUCGGGUCAAACAAAGUUGUUUGUUUCGCGUAUACAGGUCUGGAAAACUAAAUUUUUAUUAAAAAUGACCCGAGGUCCUACUAUAGUGCGUGUGGCGCCGAAUUCUGGCCGUGGCAUUAAGUGUUGUUGUUGUAGAUGCUGUGAAUGCAUCAAUUUUGGCUAUUUAACAUCACAACACGGAUUAAUUAAAUUAACGGAAGCUUUAUUGGGCUCCUUGUGCCAGAGUCUUCUCGUGAAGUAUGGUCUAUCAGAAGCCAGCAGCAUGGGCUCAGCUUUCCACGGAUUCCUGACUACAGCAUCAGCCUGUCUCCUUACAACAUCAUUACUCAUAGCUUGUUAUGUUCUUUCAUCAAAUUCACAGAGCUUAAUACGCCAGUCGAUCUUCGAGUGCGUAUUUAACUCGGUAGCAUGUUUCAUGUACCUGUCAGCGUCGUCGUACAUGGGCGUUGCCGUAAACUUAUAUCUUUACCCACGCUAUGCUCUCGUGAAUAUGUACGCCGCAUAUCCCGCUAUGACUGCCGUAUAUUAUAUUGGAGUUGUGGUGGGCAUCGUUCACGGAGUAGACGCUUAUAUAUCCUAUAAAUAUUACAAAGGAAUUCGAUAAAUGUUUUAAAACAUAUGAAAUCCUUAUAGAAAGAUAAUAAUUACGACAUACUUAUAUAAAACAGCAAUAAGUAAACCAUUCUGAAACUGUUGUAAUGAAUGUUAUGUUAUAUGUUAAUUUGAUUUAGCCGAUAUUGUAGUUUCAGGAAUUAAUAUUAGAAAUACGAAAAUUAACCUGGGUACAUACCCCAAAAUCCCUUGUAAAAAAAUAUAUGGGCAUGACAUUACCGCACACUUGGUCUCAUGACUUUUCCAGACCAAGGACGACGACUGAGUGCCGUGCGUCAUUGGUCUGGACAGAUGAGCUCGUGCACGCUGUAUAUGUAUGGAGAUAUUUUUCUGCAAGGUAUUCGUAAAUUCGGCUUGUUUAUCUAGUGGUUAAGCGAAUUAUUCUGAAGUCUAGCCGUGUAAUCCUGGCUGUAUAGGGUUUUUGGGUACGGGAUACAUCGUGAGACAUGCCUUGGUCCCAAAAGUUGAUGACGAGUGUCAGGCACAGAAGCUUGACAAUAAUAGAAUUAGGCAAUCUAUUUGGUUACUAGAAAACGAAGCAGAUGCAGAAAUGUCACAUCCACAUCAUAAAUGUUGUAGCACCACUAAUUUUUUUAGGGGAAAUAUGAAGAAAAUCUGUUUGCCUCUAAAAAAAAUACGACUAAUUUCAGGCAAUAAAGGAAAUGAGAUGAAUAUGAUUAAUGACACAGAUACAGCCUAAGCUUUUAUAAUUCAACACAUACAAAGUGGUAUAGUUAUAGUACUUUUUAAUUAUAAUAUUAAGUAUUAUUUUAUGUUGUAACAAACGAAAAUCUAUAUCUUAUAUGUAUCUUUGGUUAGUGACAUCUAGUGGUUGUCGACGAAACAGACAUAGAAAACAAAUGUUAUAUUAAAUUUCUUAGCUUUUUAUAAAUAAUAAAACGUGUAUGCAAGUUUGUAAAACAAUAUCUUCAUUCCAUUAUCUUGUUAAAAUAUCUGUAAAUAAUAAGUGAUUUGUUUAGCAUUUACUGAUCUACUGGUAUUUUGUGUACGACUGUUUGUUAACUAACGAAGAAUUUCACUUAAAGUGGACCCUUUAGGAUACUAAUAUAAUACAUUAUUCCCAAAGUAUACGUUAUUUGUUUUAUUUCUUUUCAUAGUCAGAUUAGAAAAGAUCGUCACACCAUCCA